ACCUUGACAGGUACUGAAAGCGAAAGAGCACAAAAUUAAACAGAGAGUCCCCUUAACCAGCAUGUACAACUGUAUAAAAAAUUACAUCUAACUGCAUCGCUCUGUUUGCCACCUCUUUUCCCGAAUUCAUUCAAAUUUGAAAUGCAAUUACACGAGAACUCUCGGAACUUCUAUGGAAACUAAUGUGAGCAGGUACAGCAGAUCAUGACGUCGCCGGAUCGAACCCCUUCAAUCCCAUCUUCUCCCCAAUCUCCCAUUUCGAGUGCAGAUGUCUUCUCUGCAGAUGAAGUUGCAGACAGCGCUUCCGAUUCCUCUGAAGACGACGAAGAUGUUGAGUACCAACCCCCGCGCUUUUCAUCCAAUUAUGGAAAUAACAAUAAUAUUGAAGAAUACGAAGGAGGAGGAGAAGAAGAGGAGCUUGAAGAAGAAGAAGAGGAAGAAGAGCAGCUCGACGAAAGGGCUUUCUUCUCCGAAGUCCCUGUUGGUUUAGCUGUCGAAACAGAGCUUCAUGAUCAAAACCCUAAUUUCAGGGAGUCUACUGAGUCCUUAGCCUCAGUCCUUAAUGAACUCAAUGAAGUAAUGGGGGAAAUAAACGAAGUUAUGUUACACGCAGAUUCAACUGUUGCGAGGGUUGUUGCCGAUGGUUUUAGAGCGGAGAAUGUUAUUGAUGUUCCAGAUGAUGAAGAGGAGAGGGUUGCACCGACGGCAACCCAAGGUGACUUUCAGGAAGUGAGGGGGAACAGAGCUAAGUGCGAGAACCUGGAAACCCAAGCAGGAAUUGAUGCAGACACUUCUUUAAACUGCCCAAUUUGUAUGGAACCCUGGACUUCUUCUGGAAACCACCGUAUCAGGUUAUGGCUAAAAGCUUGUCUUCAUUUUUUUAAGGGCUGUCUUCCCUGUGGACAUUUAUUCGGCUGGUCAUGUAUAAGGAAAUGGAUUCAACAGGGUGGUAAGAGAAUUGGCAAGUGCCCACAUUGUAAUAAUAAGUGUAAGGUUUCUGAGAUAAGAAUACUCUAUGUACCACGAAUAGCUGUAGCUGAUGGGGAGAUGCAGCAGGAAUUAACUUUGCUUCAAGCAGAAAAUGAUAAGCUUAAAUUGGAGAACAAAAAUCUGGUUGAAGACAAUCAUCAAAUAAAGGAGGAACAUGGACAUUAUAUGGACAUCAAAUCUCUGAGGGUAGAGAAACAAAUUCUGCUUGAUGAAAUCCAAAGACUUCACGGGCAAAAGGCAUUGUUGGCAGCUACUGUGUCAGAACCAUAUGGAUCUCCAAGUGGGUGUCACAUGACACGAUUUGAUGUUCGUGAUGAAUGGAAGAGACAUGAGCUGUAUGAGCCUUUGCUUAAGAAAAGACAUACACUUUCAAAUGAUGUAAUUCAUUUACCAAAACAGGGGUCUACGUCAUCUUGUUUUGGAAUGAACAGAGGCAUUCAACAUAGCUUUGAGUUACAGGCACAGUUGGAAUUAGAGGGAGGACGAUAUUUUGACAUGGAUGCAUCUAGUCAAAUGCUCUUAGUAUCUCAGAAGGCUUCUGACCUGGGUAACGUGCAUUUCCUCACAAAGAUAAGCUUUUUGGCUUUUCGUGGAGGGGACAAAAUACAUCUUCCAGAUGGAACAGGAGCGAUUCGGGAUUUGCAUAUUGCACCUAUUGGCACAGGUGAACCUGGUAGACUGGCUUUAGUAGCUUCUAUGGGAAAGAAAUUAUCACUUGUCAGCUUACAGACUAAGAAUGUUGUGUUGACAUACAAUUUAGAGUGUCCUGCAUGGUCAUGUGCAUGGGACAUCAAUGAUCCACAAAGAGUUUAUGCUGGUUUACAGAAUGGAAAACUUUUGAUUUUUGAUUUACGUAAAACAUCGUCACCAACAAAUGGCAUCAGUAGUUCCAACAACAAACCAAUUCACACAUUGCACUCAGUUGCAUCCUUUAGAGGCUCAAACGAUGAGUAUGGUGGGAGGGCAGUUCUAGGUGCAUCUUGUGUUGGGCCUGCACUUUGGAAUGUUGAGGAUCCCAUCUGCAGGUCUUAUUCAAUUCCCGGCCCUGAAAACCAAGGUGCUUGCAUUUCGGUUGCUUAUUGCAGUAAAAGUGAUAUUGCUGUAGCUUCUUAUCGCCCAUUUGUAGGUCCACAGUUUGGGGCUCCAGCAUGUAGUUCUUCAUCCAUGGAGGGUACUAUUUCCUCCCAGUGUAUAUCAGCUGAAGGCUUUGUUGAUCCUUCAUCCUUGGCAAGACCUCCAAGGAUGGGGUCUCAUUUUGUUCUAACAAGGAAUGGCAGGAACCCACAAUUUGGAAACCCAAUGGCACAUCAAGAGGUUUCUGCUGCAGGUGUGGGAUGGAACUUCAACUCUGAGAAAGUCAUGCGUGGAAGUGUUAGUGCAGUGGGAGUGCCAAAAUCUGCAAUAAUUACUUUAGAAACAUCAGGGAGAGGCCCAGAUUGUAAGCAAUCAUUAUUUGCAUGUGGAGAUGAAUGCAUCAAAGCAGUUUCCCUCUGGGAUGUGCAGUGUUUGUCUACUUUAAAUAGCUUACAGCCACAUGAAACUCCUAUCCAAGAUGUGAAACAUGUACAAAUGCAAGGGACAGACAUUCUUGGUUGCGUGAGUGAGAAAAAAUUGCAAAUUUAUGCGUAUUCAAAGUGAAGUUUUGGAAUGGGAAAUGUUUAGUUUUAUGAUAAGAUUUGUAUAUACAUAAUUACUCUAACUUGUAUGUUCAAAAACCAAGCAUAGGUUAAUUUCACAUUUUGGAAAAUUACGCCUCUCCU